AUGGGGGUUAUUAAUGUUAACGAACAUUUCCGACAUCGUCGUAACCAAGGAAUGAUCGAAAAUUAUGGAGCAGAUCAGUAAGUACCGCCGCAUUACAUAACUUGAUUUGUUUACCUUGAGCGGUUUUGAGGUGGGAGCCGGCCUUCCUUUCCAUCGCCACGAAUCAGCUGAUUUUUUUGUCUAGUCGUUCUAGUUAGCUUUCAAGUGUGAUCGUCAUUAAGAGAUCAAGAAACUAUUUCGAACGAUUAAAUGCCUGUAUCACUUCUCGUGAUCGUAAGAUGAUAACAGGUGAUCGAAACGGCGUUGAAAACAGAAUAAUAUUAUUAUUUGGCGUUUUUUCGGCUCAAUCGUAAUAAUUUUGUUUUCGGCGGACCACUUUCAUCUUCGCUGUACCAUGCAGGCUAACAAAACGUUUUAGCUAUGUCAGCUGUGGGUCAAAAUACACUCAGCUGAUAUAUAUUAUUAAAAACCGAAGCCGCUUUGCUCUUUCAGUGCUUCAGAGGAAGAGUACUUAGAACCUACACACCCUCAGACUCCCCAGCAAGACUCAAAUCAAAGGCGGCAUACACGUAAUCGAUCGCAAAAGAAAAAGGUACAAUACAACUCAAGGAACGCUGGACGCAGAGUGAAAACCGGAAGCCGGCCGAUGAGAAGAUAUGAAAAUUGUAAGUCAAGAGUUAGGCAAGAGAAAACCUGAAAGCUGAGUAUUUGUUUCUUAACACUAAUUCUAUCUGUUUCAAAAUUGUAAUUUUUAACCGUGAAAUAUUUUAGAGGGUGUCAAUGACGUGAUAUUCCAACAUCCCACAUCCAUUUGAUUAAGUACACUCACCCUGGUUAAACAAGAUUGGGUGGCUAGAGGGGAGGGGGGUAUAAUCAGAGGACAUUGGACGAGUGAGUCAAACUGACAACUAGAUAGUUUUUGUGGCCCUUUGUUUGAAGAUACCUCUUUCUGCUUCAAAGUUCAACGCCUCAGCCUUCACUCACUCAGAGUAGUUUUAAAAAGACUGCAAUGGCAAAUUUUAAGCUUUCCUUUUUUUUCUCCUUAAUCUUAAAUUCAGUGUGUUUUCUGCUGAGUUUGGUUGACCAUGAGGAAAUUGGAGAACUUGACAUCUCUGAUUUAGUCAGCAACAACACAUCCGUGUUUGCAAAACUUUUGAGUAAUGAAGAAAGCAUGAAGGUAAUGCUCUUAAUUGUUUAUUACUCAAUGGGAGGUGAACAGUCGACACUUCGGUAAACGACUCAAUUGUUCACCAAUUCCUUGCCGACCAAAUUUCAUUUAUCAUCACAGGAAUAUUACAUUUUUAAUCAGACAUGUGAUGAGAAUCAAGAGAACUAUCAACAAAGGGAUUCCAUCAAUCUGUCAUGAAACCAAAUAUUUUUCAAAGUGAAAUUAUCAAUUAAAGCCUUAUCACAUCACAGCAAUUAACAUUACAGCUGCGGUAUCUUUGCCAGACAACAACUAUGUACUUGACUCUGAUUAUAACUUCUACUCAGGUUGUGGAAACAUUAGUCACUUCUACCAACUACAGUCCUUCAAAGGACCACACUCACACAGACAAUCUGACUACACUAUCACAUAAAGCCUUGUCAGUCAGUAACGUAAGUUUUCAUUGAAAAAUAGAUUUGGAAUGGGUUUGUAAACCUCUCUGAAGAAGAACAAGAAGCUUUUAUGGUUCCAAAGAGGAAAACAGCUGCACCUGUUCAGGAUGUUGAUAGGGGAAACACAGCUGAAGAUGAAAUCCCAACAGAGCGAGGUAUUGUGUUUCUCUGCUUUAUUUAAUAGUGCUUGGUAAACAUGCUUAGUCUUAUUGAUGCAGGUUUUUCUAUAUAUUUUUUUUUUUACUUAGAUGCAGUAGCAGUUGCAGAAAAGGCUUUCAACAGAAUUGAAGGACGUAUCAGAGGAACCCUUACGAAAAAACGUUUCCCAAUGGUACUGCAGCUUUUUCAAUUAAUAAAGCUUUGAGAAUUGAUAAUGACUCAUUUUAAAAAUGCAAAAUUCCCUUUAUAGUAAAAUUACAUUGAUGAAAAGAAGAAACAAGAUUGCUAAAUAAAAUUUCAUGCUACCUUAAUCUUCUAAGUACCCCGACCCCCUUCUCAUGAAAACAAAUUAUGUUAAAAUUUAGAAAGUUUUCUAUCAUUCUUUUAUAUUUUUUUAUUUUGUACUUUUUUUGUCAUCAGGGUGGCCUAAAAUACCAUGAACAGGAGGUGGUUGCAUAUUUUUCUGAUGAUCCCACUGCAGUCAUGAUUUCCUCUGUUCCAUCCAGGUACGUAGAUACAAAUCAUUUUUAAGGUCUACAUUUAUUCUUUUUGUUAAGGGUAAAAAUAUGAAAAAAAAAUUGUGAAAAUAUAUCACACUUUUCAACCAACAAAUGAAGGGGGAAGUGGUGUUUGAGAUGGAUAGUUUACAUUUGGAUGUUACAUUGACAAUAACUAAUGACAAAUUAAAAUAAAGUAAAAUCCUGUUUUUUCUUUAGUUUUGAUAGGCUGUUGGUGCAUGGUGUAUGUCAGUUCCUAGGUUUGAAAUCAAAAAGUGAGUAUUAUAGCAGUGAAGCAGUUGUUACUUUGUUUUAUGUUAAGGAGCAGUCACUGGAUGUCAAGAUUAGCCAUAAUCAUGCAAGUUGUAAUGUUUUUAUGCUUCACCUGCAUCAAUUUGAAUUUGGCUGUGUGGGACCUUUGAAUGUUGUGUGAAUCAAUGAAUUCCAGCCUAAAUUUUAUCUGUAAGGACCAUUUUAUGAUUUAUAGUCACAAAAUGGGAACUUUGGAGGCCUUUAUAAAUAUAAAGAAACUAAAGGUUAUAACUAUGGGUUAAAACAAAAGUUUCAUCAAAUCAUUUGAGGUCUUAUCUGCAUAGCCCAGGAAAUAAAUUUUAUGUCAACAGCAGCCCCACAACUAACAGAGCUGUUUGGUAAGAGCUGAUUAGGGGCUGGGGAUGCAACACUCAAGGGAACCUGUUUGGUGGCUAGCAACCAAAGAAGAGAAAACUAGAUACAUUCCUAAGUACUAUAGCAAACUAAUGUGGCUUUACUUAUAAUUUAAUGUGUGAUAUCACUUUCUUUACUCCAAGGUACUAGUCGUAAUGGAGACCACAUCAUGGAGAUUGAAAAUAAACAAGACACGUUUUGUGUUCCAUCUCUCCUUCUCUCCCAAUACUUGGAAAAGCGUAGAUAACAUUACAAAUAUGGACCAGUUGUUUAUAUCAGAGGAUUAUCAGACAACAUUGAUUAUUAGUACAACGGUGUUUAUAGAAAUUUAAUUGUGUUGUAGAUAGCAUUCAAAGAAAUAUUUCAUUUUACUCCUGGAUGCAGUGGUCAUUACAUUAAUGAAGAAAAGAUAACUGUCAUUGUCAAACAAAUUUAGUUUAUAUUACCUUGGUUGACACAUACAUGGGAAAAUGGUCAAUAAAAGUUUUUGGCCUUUUUCAAAUUGUAUCAUUUUAUCAAGUCACUAUUUAUAGCCUUGUUGGUUUCAAAGCGGGAGGUGAGAUCUUAAGAAUUUGAUAUGGGAAACUAGAUAGUUAAACUUAUGUACUGUAU